AUGGAAGAUUUUUUUUCUCUAUUUCUAGGACGUCGUGCCUCUGCUUCUCCCACUGCUGUACUUGAAAGGCUUGCACCAGAUAUUAGGAAGCGCGUUGAUGUUUUGGGAGAUAUUCAGACUAAACAUAAUGACAUAAAAGCCGAUUUUUUUGAGAAGAUAUCAGAACUUGAAGCCGAGUACCAAAAGUUGUAUGAACCACUUUACAAACUGCGGUAUUAUAUUGUGAAUGAUGAUGUGCCUGAAGGCGAUGGAGUUACAAAAGAGGUUGAGGAGUCUGAUAAAGACGCAGAUGUUGAGGAGGGUGUUCCCAAUUUUUGGCUCAAUGCGUUGAAGACGAAUAAACCACUAGCAGAGAAGAUCGGUGACUGGGAUGAAGAUAGCCUCAAGUAUCUGACAGAUAUCAAGUGCUGCAGGAUUGACACACCAAAGGCAAAAGGGUUCAAGCUUGAUUUCUAUUUUCAUCCCAAUCCUUAUUUCAAAAAUGCUGUCCUGACAAAAACUUAUCAGUACCUGGUCGAUGAUGAUGAGCCAGUUCUGGAAAAAAUAAUAGGGACUAAUAUUGAAUGGUAUCGCAAUAAGAAUGACGUGCCACAUAAGGUAAACCUAAAGCGCAGAUCAUAUGACACGAGGAUGCCUGUCAACUAUAGAAUUAUGCCUGUCCACUAUAAAUUUAGUUUCUUCAAUUUCUUUGACUUUGAGGGUUAUCGCGACGAAGAGGCGGCUGAAAAACUUCUGGAAACAAUGGAUGAAGACUAUGAUAUUGGUUCCACCAUCCGUGACAAGAUCAUCCCAAAUGCCGUUGCGUGGUUCACUGGAGAAGCUAAGCAUCUUGAAUAUUAUGAAGACAAUGGUGCUGAGAAUGGCGAUGAAUUCUUGAAAGAAAUUUCGGCUCACUUUACUUCUUGA